AGGAUGCAUAUGUGCGCCUGUUGAUGAUAAGCCCUGUCACCUGAUAAUGAUAACUGAUAACGAUUAGCUACAUAUCAAAACUUCCGAGGUAGCCUAUUUGUCGCCUGUCAUGGUGAGGGAGGGCUUACGAGGGGAUACCGUUGGUGUGUGAACUGCGGAGAAAGCAAGCGAGCGAAGCCACGGCCGCGCGGGGGCCGGGACGCGGCAGGCAGGUAAACACAACAAGCAUGGCGGCGGGCGGGAGACGGGAGGUGCUUUCGCUCUACAAGGCGCUGCUCAGAGAGAGUGAGAAGUUUACAUCAUAUAAUUACAGAGAGUACGCUUUGAGAAGAGUUCGUGAUGGGUUUAGGAAAGCAAGAAACCUGACUGAUGAAGCAGACCAAAAAAGAGAGUUGGAGGUUGCUAAAGAAUCUUUAGAAGUCAUUAAAAGACAAGUUGUAAUAGGAAACCUGUACAGAUCUCCAACCCUGGUUAUUGAAAAAUAGAUUUAUAUAUAUAUAUAUAUAUAUAUAUAUAUAUAUAUAUAUAUAUAUAUAUAUAUAUAUAUAUAUAUAUAUAUAUAUAUAUAUAUAUAUAUAUAUAUAUAUAUAAUUUUAAGAAUAAAGGCAAACAUUAAUUGUCUGCUUACAAACCCUCAUUUGUCAGCUUUUAGUGAAGAAUAUUGUCUAGUGGAGAAGCCUGACUUGUGGUCCUGCCACCGCCAUGGCCUCAGUGACUGGAUGACUAGGAUGACUACCUAAUUUUUGUGUGUUUAGUAAACCAGUAUUUAUUUUCUGAUAAUUUCCAAGUAGUUGCUCAAUCAUAAAUUUAUAAUUUAUAAGACUUUUGUACAUUAUUUUGCACAUAUUAUGAUGUUACUUACCUUCAUGCCAGUCCAUAAAGUUAUGAUCAAAACUGUUUCAUACAGUAACUAAAACACGUGUGAAAAUGUUGAUCAGGGCAAAUAAGAGCAUGCUAAAUUAAGGAUGUUGCUGUUUUGUAGUAAUAAAUAAUCUGCUCCUUUAGAAAAGUAAAGAUAUAAUGUCUCAAAAGCUGUUAAUAAGUUCUAAACAACUGGUACAUAAAUGCCAUAUAGCUACAUCAAAUAUGUUAUUUUAUGGCCACAAGAUAAUCCUGAGAUACUGCAGCUAACAUUGAAAGUCAAUUUAGUAUAUGUGACAUAAAUUUUGUGUUGCCUUCUUUCACUUAAGAGCUGCCAUGUCUCAGGUGUGAAUGUACACUAUUCAGGAGACAACCUAACCACUGUACCAUCAAGCUAAAGUCAUUGACUUUUAGGUAUAUUAAAAAGUUAUACGUUGUUAUCAGCUUCUUAUUCCCUGGAUAAUUUUGAGGUAGCAGAAUAAUUUCAAAGUAUAUCUUUUUGUAGCCUCUGUCUGUGUUGGCUUCAGCUGUGAGUGCUGUGGCCAACAUAAGGUGCCUUUUAGAGCCAUGUAACAAAGUACUCACUGGUGCAGAACACAUCAUUGUCUAUCAGAUAACUAAGAUCUGUGAUAGUGUUCAGCUUCCAGGCAUCAGCUUUAAUGGAGUCAAGUAACUUGUUAAGUAUUUGACUCACAAACAUUAAUCAUUACACUUUGCCUUUAGUAUGUAUGCACUAUUUUUUUUCUUCUGAGUAUUAAGCUUGGUAAUUGUUUGUAAGAGAUGGCAAAGCAAAGCAACCAUACUAUAAUGACAAACAGAAAGUGAUGAGUCGCAUGCCCCUCAGGAUACAUGUAAGGUAGACAUAAUGAUCCUCACUUCACUGAAAUAUUCCACCUCAGCUUAGGACACAGCUGUUUGAAUUAAGUUUCUUAACAUCAGAUAACAAUUAUUGGUUAUAUUUUAACAUAAAAAGAAAAGAAAAACUGAUGAAUUCAGUCUAAGACAGCUGAUAUUUUCAUUCCAUAGUUUCUUGUUCAAGCUAUACAUAAAGCACAUUCAUGUGUCAUGGCAAAUGUUUUGUUUGAAUGUAAAUAAUGCACAUUUGUAUACCAAUAAAAUACUUUACUGCUAUUGCCUUUUCAUUUUUCAAUGUAAUAAAAAGAGCAUUAAAUUCUAAAUGUCUUGAUUCUACCAAGAGCAUCAGUUCAUUUGUAAGUUAUAAGGAGGGGCAUCAAAAAGAGAACCUCAGUAUAUUUACAGAAAGCAGUGUUUCAAGAUGGGGUUGUCAAUUUGAAAUAAGUUUGUUCUAUAUUAUAUCCUAUCUGCAGAGACUUGCAUUAAGUCAUCUCCAUUCUGUCGUGAAAAAUUAUAAACCUGAAGACAUUAAAAAGUAAAUAGGUUAGAAAAUUUUAAUCUUUACAAAUUGACAACAUAUUUUCACAGUUUCACAUUGUACACAGAACAGUUAGUUUUAUUCACAACCUUUACAUGCUAUUCAGAAUUUCAGUAAAGGAUGCAAAUAUAUUUAGAAAACAAAACUGAAGUCAGUAGGUACAUAGAAGUUGGUGUAGUAAGAUUCUUAUCAAACACUUGUGUAUCAGUCAUCAGACCUGCACACUUCCUGAAAAAGGUAGGAUUUGUACGCUGAAAGUAUGGCUCAUAGAACUGCACACUGUAGGGGAAAUAGGCUGGUGCACCACACGUAUCAGAGACAAUUGUACAUAUUUGUGGAAUGUUUCAGGGCUCCAUCACUACUGUUAUUGGCAUUAAACUUUUCUUUUAAAACGUGUAAAAAUAAAAAUAAAAAUAAA